CCGCGCGGUAUAAGAAGUGAACAGCAGCAGAAGAACAUUGAUAACUUGCGUCUGCUGUCAGGAAAGCAUGUCGCUCCUUCGUUUGCGGCGACUUUCAAAAACGAAACACAAGAGACUUCGGGGUUACAAAUGACUGAAGUGACCUUUUGUGAAAAGUGUUUUUAUUUGUCGUCAGAUUAACGGAGUGGAAAAUGUCACAGUGGCUCGGCUGGUUGUUGAUGCUGAGUUCCAUAAUAAGUGAAGUUGGCUCUCAAGAGGAAAACCGGGUGAUUUUCUUGCCGGGGAUGUUCCAGAACGUCAGUGUGUCCGCGAAUGAGACGGUGCAGGCUGUGGUGAACAGGAUCCCCCCGGAGGUUGCUUUCAUCACAGCGCAGUUCCACACGCAGCGGCGCAACGUCACGCUCUCCUAUGGCACCACACCUGUACCUGGUCUGUCUUCGACAGCGGUGGACACUGGCAUCCUGUCCCCUCUCCUGCCAGGACAAACCUCUUUCACCUUGUUCCUGUUCUCCGCUGACGGAGGCACGGUUGCAGGCACUGGCGUUAUUCUCCCGUUCUCCAGCACGGACCCAGUGCCUGGAGCAUGUAACCUAGCAUUUAACCUGAACGCUGACCCCAGCAUCUACCUCCACUACAACCUCUACGAGACCACCAUCCGCUUUGCACCGGCCAACCUGGGUUACGCGAGAGGCAGCGCUCCUCCAUCCUGCGACACAUCUACAGGGGUCAGCAUGCAGUGGCGGCUACAGUACGACGUCUACCAGUAUUUCCUGCCAGAGAGUGACUUGUCAGAGCGCAGCCUGUUCCAUGGUUUGCAGACCGUGGCAGAUGUCGCGGGCAUGACGGAGAACGGCAGACUGAUGAUGACGCUGUCUUCAACAGAUUUGAGGAUGGCGAUAUUCAGCUCAAUCCCCGGACAGGGUGUCAUCUACUCUGUCAUUGUUCGAGACCCCAUCCUCAACACAUCGGCCUCUUACGUGCCGGUGCACACGUAUGCUUGCAGUUUCAACUCUAAGCUGGACGGCUGUCAAACACUCGGACAGAUAUCAACCAAGGUUUUUUUCACAGUGGCCGGCUUGGCUGGUCUAUUUGUCUGCUUCUUUGGACACAGAUUCUUCAAAUGUGAGUUGUUUUGCAUGGGGUUCAGCUUUUCCGCCUUCUUCUUCUUCGUGCUCAUCACAAGGACCACGGGACUGGAUUACGACAUCCGUCUGGCUGUGUCGUCAGUGAUCGGCGUGGUGGGCGGGGUCCUCCUGGUGAUGAGCUGGUGGCGCUUUGGUUCCGUGAUGGCGUGCGUGGUGGUGGUUGGUCUGAUGCUGGGCUUCCUCGUGGCGUCCACUGUCCUCUUCACCCCUCUCGGUGAUGUCGACGUGUUCAGGCGUUCCGACGCAGUUUUCUGGGUGACGUUCUGCAGCAUCAUGAUCAUCGUCCCGCUUUUCUUCGUGCGUUGGCCCAGAGAGGGUAACAUCACCACAUGUGGCGUCAUCGGGGCUUACGCUGUCAUCCUGGCAGUCAAUGCCUACGUCUACACCAGCCUUUCCUACAUCACCCUCAACAUCCUCAAGCGCUUCCUCAACAACAACUUCAGUGCUGCGUUCACUGACACACCGUUCCAAACCAUCGAUUACAUCUUGAUCACAGUGUGGGUGGUGCUGGGCGUCUCGGGCAUCGUCCUGCAGCUCUACCGGGAACGCACACGGCCCUUCUUCCCUCCCAGCCCGUACCUCAUGUGGCUGCAGGAGCGUGAACGCCGCAAGACCAACGUGCUGGACCCGAGCUAUCACUUUCCACCGCUUGCCAAUCGCCUUAUGGCCAGAGCGCGGCAGCUCACGCGGCGGAUGGAGCCGGCCGGAGAGCACACGCCUUUGCUACUGUAGAGCGAAUUGCGCCGUCUUCAGUGUGAGCCAGAGUGGGCUGGGUUGCGUUUGAGUCCCACGUUGCGUCAAGUUGCGAAGAGGCCCCUGUGGUUUUUGACGGAGCAUCUUUACAACAUAUUCUUAUGAACUUAAGACAUAUCACCACUGACACAGAUCUAACAAGAACUGAAAGAAAUCUGACGUUAGAUUUUUUGUUUUGUUGCUUUGAAUGUCGCUGCACUUUUCUGUUUGCACUAAAACACAAACUUGCAUGGUUUUACAACUUAGGCUUUUUAGGACUUAGCUUUAUUUAAAAAUGCGCCAGAGAUUUUUAAUAUAUCGUUUAUUUCACGACUGAAGGCUUUAGGCUCAUCUCUCAGUAAUUAGGUCGGUUAACUAGAGAAAAACUGACAACAGCUCCGUGAACCUCAAGGCUUAUUCCUUUGCAUUUAUUUAAACCGGCAUGAAACCCACGUUUUUAGUUUUGUUUUCAUUUUAAUGUUAGUUAUUAUUGAAUUAUCUGUACACUGUUGUGCCAUCAUUUUUCCUCAGGUUUUCACUCAGAUUUUGAUGCACUGAAACAAACGAACUUUUUAUUCAAUAUUCUAGUCUCGUAAUCCAAGAAGUAUUAAAAAGUACAAUUGUUUUGAUAAUAAAAGGUGGGAAAAAUGCCGAUUCUGCGUCUUCUUCGGGGGAUAUAUGAGCGGUGGUGUAUCUUUAGCGCCCUCUUCCGCUCCUGGUUUUUAUUUAAAUUCGAAAGGUACCAAACCAAUGCUUGAACCGCAUGUUUAACAUUCAAUACAAUAAAGUGAGGUUGUUGUUAUUAUUUAAAGAGCUACAUCAUUAUUGUGCUUGUGAAUUCUCUUUCGCUUACCUUUAAA